GAAACGAAACGGCGGACAGAUUUGAAAGGGAUUACCGUUUUUACCUUGCCCACAUUCGAUCGUUUUACAGCAGAUUUUAGAGAAUAGGUGAUCGUUGAGAGACUACAGCAGAUGGGACUAUUCAGAAGUUCCUGUGUCUGUGACUGCGGCAAUUAAAUAACCGCAGCACGAUGUGCAGACUGCCGCGAUGACAUUGUAUUUCGUUGUACUAUAUGUUGUAUAAAAAAAUCUGCUCGAACUGGCACUUUUUUUGCCCGGUCACGGCUAAGGCUAAGACAAACCAUGAUAAUCGUUGCAAAUUGGAUCAUAAAGUUUCCAGUAACAUUAGCUGCGGCUAUACCGAUAUUUGGAAAGCGUAUAGAUGCCUCUCCAGACUUGGUUUUGUGCAUCAUGUUGUGGUGCACAAACGUCAUUUCUUUGAUCCAACGACGGGGGGUCCAUACAAACAACAUUGAGGGCAUGUGGUCUAGGGUGAAGUAUUCUUUAAAACCCUACCACGGCUCCAGAGGACGAUUAUUAUAGAGUCAUAUGGACGAGUUCUUAUACCGCAUGCACUAUGAUUUCAAAACUUCUGAACCUAUAUCAAACCUCAACAAGUUCUUAAAUAAUGUAAAAGAAGAAUAUCCAUUGUAAUUCAUCACUCUUUUAUAAUAUAUUUCUACUUUAUACUAACUCUCUUCUGAUUGGCUAAUGUUUUCAAGGUCACUUAAAAAUUCGUUCAAAGGUCGUCCAUAAAGUAGAGUUUCACCGCUAAUUCAAUUAAAUAUCUCAAGCUCCCAACUUUGGAGAAAUUUUGGUAAAAAACCCCAAAGUCAAGGAAAAUUUUGGGGAAAAACGCAAAAUUUCCCCAAAAUUGUGAAAAAAUUUGAGGUUUUAUUAAUAAAUGUAAGCCGAUUUCCACAAAACGUAAUAAGAUUCUGGGGAAGUAUUGUUGAAUUCGUGCCAUUUUCCCAAAGUUUACUAUGGCGACUUUCCCAAAGUGGGUCAAAUUUUCCCCGAAACUGGGAGAUUGGUACGGAUGCGUACUCAUAGGUGUUCGGAUCACCGCUCUCUUAAUUUUACAUCUAUCGUGAUUUUCCUUUCAUAUGAGUUAGUUAACACAUUACAGGGAAGUGUUUUUAUUUGAGUAACAUCAUUCAUAGGAAUUGUGCAAAUUAGUUCAUGUCUUUUAUAUUUUUAGGCAAAGAAACAAUUGUAUUAUCUGUUUAUACGAUAUUGAUGAGUAAUCUAUGUUUAGGUCGCGUAUCAACCUCAUUUUUAUCUCGUUUCAUAAACUCCCCAAUCAGUUCCAUACUACAUCCAACAAAGUGAGAAGCUUGGCGAAAAUCCCCGUUAGUCCAGUAACAUAUCAAGUUUUUUUAGGUGGACUUUCUUGUGGAAUUUUCGCAAUUGCUUGGAUUUCAAAGUCUAAGAAGCCGCGUAUCAUUACACUAGAGGAACUUGCUCAGCAUAACUGUAAGGAACGUGGAGUUUGGGUCUCUCUUAAAGGUAAAGUGUACGAUGUUACGAGUUUUGUUGACGAUCAUCCUGGGGGUGACAAAAUUCUUUUGGCCGCUGGGUCUGACGUCUCUUCAUUUUGGUCCGUUUAUGCAUUUCACUACCAGAGUCAUGUUUUGAAAAUACUAGAGAAGUACUAUAUUGGAGAACUUGACAAAUCGGACUUUGUCGAAGAAGAAGACAAUGAAGAUAUAUAUAGUUCUGAUCCUCAGAGAAAUCCGGAUUUGAAAGUGGUUUCGCAACGUCCUUUUAAUGCGGAAACUCCUCUUUCAUCAAUAUGUAGCAACCCAAUAACUCCUACUGAUUUAUUUUUUGUAAGAAACCACCUUCCUGUUCCUGAUGUUGAUCCUGAGACAUAUAGACUUGAAAUAGCUUCUUCGGUUAUAAAAGUUAACAAUCAAUCACUGAAUUUGUCUUUAAAAUUAGAAGAUAUUCUAAAGAAUUAUCCUCGUAAAAGUUUAGUAUCCACCAUUGUUUGCGCUGGGAACCGACGAUCAGAUAUGAUCAAGUAUGAUAUAAAAAAGGCUGAAUUAGAAGAACAUAGUCCUUAUGUGAAAGGCUUAUCGUGGUCUGAGGGAGCGAUUUCUACGGCAGAGUGGACUGGUGUACUGUUAGUGGACUUAUUGGCUUAUCAUCUGUUACCUUCAAACCAAAGAACAAACUAUCAAGCACUCUACGAAUUGCUUAAAAAUGCAGGUGUACGUCACAUUCGAUUUGACGGACUGGAUAUAGAUCCUACUGGUGGAGCUUUUGGUUCAUCGCUACCAAUUGAUUUAGCUUUAGAUCCUCAGAGGGAGGUAAUCAUUGCUUUUAAAAUGAACAAUAAGCCAUUAACUCGGGAUCAUGGUUUCCCAUUGAGAAUUAUCAUACCUGGUUCUAUUGGAGCUCGUCAAGUUAAAUGGCUAGGUCAAAUUACAUUAUCAACGGACGAAAGUGAAAGCUUUUGGCAGCAGGGUGAUUAUAAAUAUGUUCUACCGAUGGGUGAUGGUAAAGUCCCGGAUCUGAAGGGCUUACCGGCUAUUUUGGAUUAUCCUGUUCAGUCAGUUAUUUGUAAACCUUCUGAUGGCCAAACCCUCAAAAACACUGGGAGUGUAAUUUUGUCAGGCUAUGCAUUCAGCGGAGGUGGGCGUGGGAUCAUUUCCGUUCGCAUUUCUUCGGAUGGUGGCAGGUCUUGGUAUCAAGCGAAAUUGUCACCAGCCAGCCCUCCUGCAGCAGAAGGUGAUGUAACGGACAUAGACAAUCCUCAUUCUUUAAAAAACCGGAGCGUGAAACAAUGGGCGUGGACAAUAUGGACUGUGGAGGUUCCUAUUCCAAAAGAUAUUCGUGAAGCAGAGUUUGUGUGUUCGGCUGUUGAUAGCUCUUACAACACCCAACCGGAAUUCUGCUCAGCUACUUUAAACAUUCGCGGCUUAUUGUCAAACUGUUGGCACCGAAUUAAUGUUAAAUUCGACGCUUCAAGCUGAAAAACUUGAUUUUGAUUCAUGAUUACUUCUAUGCAAGAAUUAUUUUGAUUUUUAGAUAACGCUUUUGUGUUAAAAUAUAUUUUAUAUUUUUGGAA